AACUUCGUUGGGGGCCGACUAAAAUGGAAGACCGAAAUCUUGAAAAACUGCAAGCCAAGUAAGAAAAUGGCUUAUAUAAAAUGGAUGGCGCAAAGGCAGAAGUAUUCAGUGUUUCCGUAGAUACCAAGAUGGGCGCCUUUAAAAAUUCCCUGCUGCUGCUGACACUUCUGCUAGCCAUCCAUUUGGAGGCAUCCAAGAUAGUCUACAAGAAGCCGCUCUAUGGCAAUAGCAACAUCAUCAAGGACAAGCGUAUAAAGACGAAGCCCGUCAAACUGGAAACCAGCACCAUGAGCAGCACUGGUGUUGCAAGUAGCAGCACAACAGCCGAAGAGGAUUGGCCCACGGCCGUUGAGUUUGUGAUUAUGACAACGCCCGCAAGCGAAUUGGAAGCCAGCACGGAAACCAUUGGUAACAAUGGCACCACCGAAACGACCGUUGGCGAGGCACCCAUCAUCGGAUCGUCGGAAGGAUCCACACGAUCGAUGGAGCCAACCACCGCGAGUCCGCUGAUGAGCACAAACCCAUCGAGCAGCAGCAGUCUGGUUAGCACCAUUCCCUUGCCACCGACAGCGGGACUGCCUGUGCAGGAUAAUCAGCCAGUGCCGUGCACAUGCGGCGUCUUCCUCUCCUCGCAAAUCCCAAAUGGCUUGCCGACAAAGCCACUUAUCCACCAGGAAUUGGAUCAUAUGUUUCCCUGCAAUGCCAUCGGUCGCAAGCAGUGUCAAACCAAAUGCCUAGAGACGAUCGUACAACAUCUGCCGAAUUCCGCAAAUAUAGUAUGCUCCGCACUGGGUCACGAUUGUCACAAGGAACGGGCCUAUUUGUUCAUCAAGAACUGUCACAAUCAAUGGGUUAAUACCAAUCUGCAGGCGGGCAGGGAGUACUGUUGUCGCUCUGGCGUUCCCUACCGUUGCCCAUUGAUGGGUUAAGCACUGUGCAAAUGAAAUAAAUAUAUGAUAUGAC